GGUAAGUCAGACCUAGACCAGGAAGGGAAACAGACUCUGACGCGGAUCGUCUCCUUGCCGAAGAAACUACUCCUACAGCCGUCAUUGGUGACGGACCGAAGAUAUGUUGGGGUUCUGGAAUGCAAUGUUGGUCUGGCCGAAAGGAACAGCCAACGCGCUAUCAGUUCGACGAUACCAACGGAGCGAACAGGGCUUAUUUGAAGACGGGGUAAGAUUUUGUCUUUCCCUCGUGUCCGGGGACGGGACCCGCCAGAUCAGCGCCCACUUGGUCAGGCCGGCGAUGGCUCCGACUGGUUCCUUGUAUUCGCCGGUGGUUCCGGCAUCAGGAUUCAUUCAUAUUUCCCAUGCGGCUGGGAUCAAGAUCAACCGAACGAGGUUUUGCGAUCCCGACGUCGCGAGAAGUUAACAUUGCUCCCUCGCGGGAUCUUUCCUCACGAGCUUCCACGGAACGGAGGGGAACGACAGGAUGAAACUCGAUCAGGAUCUUAUCGGCAAGACUGCCUUUGUAACGGGGGGCUCUGGUGGAUUAGGAAAAGCGAUUUCCAACAUACUUGCGGCGCGUGGUGCCCAUGUCACCAUAUUCGCGCGACGACCCGGACCCCUAGCAGAUGCAAAGAAUGAGAUAGUCGGGAACUGUGUGGAUGCGGGUCGGCAAGAGAUCAACGCUGUUGCGGUGAAUCUGGCGGAUGCUGCUGCGGUAGCAGAAGCAUUCAGGUCCCAACCGCGAAUUGCGGAUUUCCUGUAUUGUUCCGCGGGGGGCAACCACGCUGAGAACGGGUUUUUCAUCGAUCUUCAAGCUACGCAGCUUGAUUCUUGCAUGCAAAAUAAUUAUUAUUCCACUGCGUAUGCAGCCAAAGCCAUGUUAGAUAUCUGGGUGGAGCAUGAUCAGAAAUCGGCGGGCAUCGAUCUCUCCCACAACACUACUCGGCCCCAGACCCGGAGGAUUGUUUUCGUCAACAGUGCGGCGGCCUUCUUGGGAUUACCCGGGAGCGUGGCUUAUACGCCCGCCAAAAGCGCCGUACGAGCCCUCGCCGACACCCUCCGCUUCGAAGUCCUUCGCCACAACUCCGCCCAAACCACCUACACCGUCCACAUCGCUUUCCCGGCCGACUUCAUCUCCCCGGGGUUCGUCCUCGAGCAGGACACCAAACCGGACCUCACGAAGCGGAUCCAGGGCACUAAUGUCGCCACGUUCGCGGAGCUGGAGGAGAAAUUUCCGUCCUCCGAGCAAGUGGCGCAGGGCAUCGUGGCGCGGGUCGAUCAAGGGGAUUUUAUUAUCUGCGAGGAUUCGCUGUCGGCGAGUCUUUUGUUCACGAAUAUGAUCGGAUUGAGUCCCAAGCGGGGGCUUGGGAUCGUCGAUUCGUUGUUGAGUGUGGCGAUGGGGUGGUUCGUGGUGCCGGUGUUGAGGAGGAGGUGGGAGAGAAUGUGUCGGGAAGAUGGUGGUCACAAGUUACGAUGA